ACCCCACCCAAGUAUUUCUCUUUCUCAAUCACUUAAUCAAAUACAACUUGAUUCCUUUUGCAUCUGAACAACUUCGACAAGGCACACACCUAUCCGAGUCACCAAUUAGAAUUGCCAAUUCUGCCAUCAAGGAGGGGUGUUCGAAAAUUAUCGACAAGGCAAUGCGCAAGAUAAUAUAUCAGGCAUAGUAACCGUAGGCAUCAGCAGCCAUGAGUUCUAUGCUGAAGAAGACCGGAGGCUUGUCCUUCAAGCCAAAGAUCGCUCCUCGUCGACCAGGCGGUGCUCCCUCGUCAUCGCAAGCACUUCCCGCAUCUGCAUCUGCUAGCACUACGAGAGCUUCUACUACCGAGGUUCCCUCUCAAACAUCAACACCUGCGCCUACCGUUCCUCCCACUCCCUCAGUUGAGUCAUCUGGUCAAGCAGAACCACCAAAGGAAAAUCCGAAAGAAACUCCCAGAGAGACAACGCACGUUGACUCGGAGCAGCCAACCCCUCCAACUCGACAGGAUCCCGCAGUAUCUGCUACGUCUAAAUCAACUCCGCCCUCGACAGCUUCUUCCGCAGGUGUCGAAGUACCAUCAGUGCCAACACCAGCACCUACUGAGAGAGUUACUGCCAGAGAAACGGUACCGACGCCAGCCCCGACCGCAGAUGAGCCUCUACAACAGUCGCCUUCGAUUUCGAUCUCGCCUCCUACCAACCGACUAACACAACCGACGCCAGCACCAGAAAUCUCAGCGUCAGGAACUCUGGCGACUACUGGUCUAGACAAACCUACGCCUAACACAUCAGCUUCUAUUGGCUCGCAACCUGCUGCUACGACACUUACACCAAUACCACACCCGUCCGCUUCCGUACAGAGUCGACUCGCACCGCCCACCGCGCCUCCAUCUCCUGCCCCCGUUUCCGACACGAUUGCCGUCUCCGCCCCGGCUGAUGAACCUGUUGCUACUGCCCCGAAGCAGAAAAGGGUGUAUCGCAAGCGCAAGACUGCUACAGGUGAUGAUACUGCCGCAGAAGGCCCCGCGCCAAAGAAGAGACGUCCUCACAAGAACCCCCCCGCCGAGGGCAAUGAAGCAACGACAGCAGAAGGAGCGGAAGGGGCACCCCCAGUCAAAAGGACAUAUAGACGUCGCAGACGUUCAUCUACUCCCGAGGACCCCGAAAGUCAAGUAAUUAACCACAGUACGAUGAAAAUGGCAGAUUUGACUAAGGAUCUGGGAAUCGGCAAAAAAUUCAAGCAUGCAGAGGCUAUAGAGGAACGCGCGCGACAAGCACGUGAAAAAUUUCGCCAGAAGAGACUAGCUAAGCAGAAACAGCUUAUGGGAAUUUCUCCCGACGGAGAAGAGGCCUCUCGUGCCAGCACCCCUGCGGAAGGCGAAGAGAAUGGAAGAGAGUCAGCAAUUGCCCGAGCUAGAAAUUUGGGAGCUUCAGUCGAUGCAGGCGCACAGUCCGUCGGCUACGAAGUCGUAGACGGUCAGAUCAUAAUUAAUCAAGAGUCGCUCGUGGUAGACCGACAUGCAGCGCACCGAGACAUGUCGUCCCUCGAGACCGUCGAAGAAGACGAAUUCUCCCACUUGACUACCUCGGCCUCGUUUCGACGUGAGAGCCGCAGAACAGGCGCGAAUCAUUGGACUGACGAGGAUACCGAACGCUUCUACCGCCUCUUAAGCAUGUUCGGUACUGACUUCGAGACAAUCGCAAGCAUGUUCCCGGGCAAAACCAGACGCGCCGUCAAGCUCAAAUUCAACCGCGAAGAGACCCAACGCCCGCGCCGCAUCAACGCCGCUGUCAUGGUCCGCGGCGAGAAGCGCGUCGGCAUUGAUAUAGAGGAAUACAAGGCCCACCAGCCCGAGUGGCGCGAGAGCGACGCCAUUCUUGCCGAACACGCCGAACUCGUCCGCGAGCACGAUGAAGAUAUUAGACGACUGAGAGACGAGAGACGUGCGGCAGGGUUGAUUGAUGACGACGAUGAGGUUGGGGUGCAGGGACAGGGACAGGGACAGGGACGGCAGCAGAAUGGAGAGAAGCAGCAAGAUAACGGCCGGGGGGGACAGGGAAACACAGGGGGAGAUAACCCAUAUGCAGUCACAGAGGAGGUGGUGGUUGAGGGUUAAAGGGGUGUGUGUAUGGAUGAGUAACUGGCCCGAAGUAGCAACACCCGCAAGCUUGUUUUUGAUACCCCAUUUCCUUAGCUUGCUUGGUUGCUUGCUUACACGAGCCAGUCAGG